AUGGCUCCUGCCUCUAAGCUUUCUGUCUUCUCCUCAACUUGCCUCUUCUUCAAAUCUAUUUUCCGAGUCGGUCGGAAUAGGCUCCGUCUGCCGCAGCUUGAGCCCUCGUUCUUUCUCGCUGCUUUUCUCUUGGCCAGCACCUCUGACAACUAUGAGAGCAUGUCGUCGGAUGUGGAGGGUGGUGGUAGCGGAUUGUGUCAAGACUAUUAUGUCUCCUCUAGGGCAACUUAUUACGGUAGUCCGGAUUGCUUAGGGACUCCAACUGGUGCUUGUGGGUAUAAAGCUUAUGGAAGCACCAUCAAUGGUGGUGAGGUGAGUGGCGUCUCUAGGCUCUUCAAGAAUGGCACUGGUUGUGGAGCAUGCUAUCAGGUUCGUUGCAAGUCUCCAAAGCAUUGCAGUGAAAACGGGGUGAAGUGGUGGUGA